AGCUUGCCAACCACCGUAAAACAGAAGAAGAAGAGGAAGAAGAAGAAGAAGAACUGUAAACAACAACCGUAAUCUUCUCCACGCUACAUUUUGAAGAUGGCUUCAAAAGUGCGUGGUGCGACCUGGGAUGACGCCGAGACUGAGGCUGUUAUUACAGUUUGGGCGGAGGACGCUAUCCAGGCGAUGUUGGAGAGCGCUAAGCAUAAUAAUAAUAAUAACCACGAGGAGCAGCGUGAGAACCUGAACAGCACACAGGAUGAGAUGGAUGAUGAACUAUCUAUGAAUGGGUCAAUAGCUAGUUUUAUUUCUGAAGAGCCAGGAGGAAGUCGCGUUGCUGAAUUUCCUGUUGAUGAGACUCCUGCUGCUGAGGCUCAUAAAGUAAAUGUUAAAACCAGGAGGAAGAGCAAAUUAGUAGAAGCCCUAGAUAGUACAAUAGAGGCAUUCAUAAAUGCUCAAAGACAUUCUGAUGACCGCUGGUUGGCAGCAUUUAAAGAACAGCAGGAGUCGGUCCAACGCCACCAACAACAGCAGCAUGAACAGCACCUAAACCUGAUACGAGAAGUAGAAAGAAACCGACUUCAAGCUGAAGAGAGAGUGAGAAAACAGCAACAGGAACAUGAGAUGCGACUGAUGCAGAUGAUGGUCCAGCUGAUGCCGCAGCAACCAGCACAACUACAGCCCCUGAACCCUGCAUCACCUUCUAUUUCUAACUUUGGACCAUAUCAGUAAUUGUACAAUAUAUAACUCAAGUUUUAGAAAUUAUUUACAAUACAUAUCAUCUUGCAUACAAAAAUUGUUUGUUUUCUUUACUUUUUUUAAACUACACAUCACACCAGUAAUUUCAGAAAUAUGUAUGAAACUAUACUGUAAUAAACUAUUUACAAAACAUGAAAUACUUCAAUGAAGGUAAGGCUAAUUUUGAUUAGCAAAGUAACGACAGAGAGCAUUUCUUAUAUAUCGUGGGCAUUGUCAAUAUCAGGAUAAUUUUCCCCAUCAACCCAAUUGUUACUAGGUGGCUGAUUUGCCUCAUUGGCCCACUGAUCAAGGAAAUCCUCUCCUUGGGUCUCAUAGAAACAUGACUUUUAGUUGGUGUCUGAAUGUUUUAAAAGAGAGGUGGAUAAAAGGAAAAGAAAAGCUGUUGUGUGGCACAUUGAUUUUGAUUUAUGGAUUACAUCUCAUGACAAUCUGAAACUUAGUUUUUAUGGAAAAUGAGAAUAAUCACCCUACAUAAGACCAAUUAAAAAGGGAUUUUGACACAAAUGUUAUGCUGUGGUCUAGGCCCUAUAUCC